GCGUGUAUCUCUGUUUAGUGUAGCUGUAGUAUUUACAGCCCCACUGUCCUUCCCACAAGAAUGCAGUUAUUGUCAUUUCCAUUAUUUUCCCAAAGGUUGCUUUACUGCAACAACCCCGUUUCUGUAAUCCUGCUGUGAUAGUCUCUUCUGUAGUAUUCUGCAUUAGUGUCACGCAGCGAGCAGAGGAAAGAGUGUGCGCUCCGUUCACGCGAGUAAUGCCGUCUACGAUGGAGGGCUCGUCGGAGGAAGGUGACCUGUUUACCGUCAAACACGAACUCAGAAACGCCAAUCUGACUGGUCACGUGGAGCGUGUGGGCAUUGAGAACUUUGAGCUGCUGAAAGUGCUGGGAACAGGAGCCUACGGCAAGGUGUUCUUGGUUCGCAAGGUGAGCGGCCAUGAUUCGGGUAAACUGUAUGCCAUGAAGGUGCUGAAAAAGGCCACUAUUGUGCAGAAGGCGAAGACGGCAGAACACACACGCACGGAGAGACAGGUCCUCGAGCACAUCAGACAAUCUCCUUUCCUGGUUACACUCCAUUAUGCCUUCCAGACAGACACCAAACUGCAUCUCAUUCUAGACUAUGUGAAUGGAGGUGAGCUCUUCACACACUUGGUCCAAAGGGUUCGCUUUAAAGAGCAAGAGGUUACCUUGUACAGUGGGGAGAUUGUACUAGCACUGGAGCACUUGCAUAAGCUAGGAAUCGUCUACAGAGAUCUAAAACUUGAGAAUAUACUUCUUGAUUCAAACGGUCACAUUGUGCUGACGGACUUUGGCCUUAGUAAGGAAUUUCAUGAGGUGGAGAGGACUUAUUCCAUCUGCGGCACUAUUGAGUACAUGGCGCCUGAGAUUGUAGCAGGAGGAGAGUCAGGACAUGACAAGGCGGUGGACUGGUGGAGCAUGGGAGUUCUGAUGUAUGAGCUGUUGACCGGAGGCUCUCCUUUCACUGUCGAUGGCAAUGAGAACUCUCAUUCUGAAAUUGCCGAGAGAAUUAUGAAAAAGGAUCCUCCAUUCCCCAAAGACAUGGGGCCUCUGGCCAAAGACAUUAUCCAGCGACUGCUAAUCAAAGACCCAAAGAAGAGGCUGGGCUCUGGCCCCUCAGGGGCCCAGAAUGUGAAAAGCUAUCCAUUUUACCAGAAAAUGAAUUGGGAGGAUUUAGCUGCUAAGAAGGUUCCAGCUCCUUUUAAACCUGUAAUUCGCGAUGAGCUGGAUGUGAGCAACUUUGCAGAGGAGUUUACGGAGAUGGACCCGACCUACUCUCCAGCAGCACUUCCAAAUAACUGUGACCGCAUCUUCCAGGGCUAUUCCUUCAUGGCUCCCUCCAUCCUUUUUAAGAGGAAUGCGGUGAUGGACGACUCGGCUUUGCUGUGCGGCGGGUCAGAGAGGCCGGGCUCUGCUGCUGUUGCCCGUAGUGCUAUGAUGAAGGACUCGCCGUUCUACAUGAACUACGAGAUGGACCUGAGGGAGAACGCUCUGGGAGAGGGAAGCUUCUCCAUCUGCAGACAAUGCACUCACAAGAAGACCGGACAAAAAUAUGCUGUAAAAAUUGUCAGUAAAAGAAUGGAGGCACAAACGCAGAAAGAGAUCGCCGCACUCAAACUCUGUGACGGACACCCCAACAUAGUCAAACUACACGAAAUCUACCAUGACCAGCUACACACAUAUCUUGUUCUGGAGCUCUUGCGAGGUGGAGAGCUGCUGGAGAGGAUCAGAAGGAAGCAGCACUUCAGCGAGACGGAGGCUAGUCGUAUCAUGCGCAGACUGGUGUCUGCCGUCAGCCACAUGCAUGAUGUUGGCGUGGUGCACAGGGACCUCAAACCAGAGAAUUUGCUCUUUACUGACGACACUGAGAAUUCAGAGAUAAAAGUUAUUGACUUUGGCUUUGCACGGCUCAAACCCCCCGACAAUCAGCUCCUGAAGACUCCCUGCUUCACUCUUCAGUACGCCGCACCAGAAAUCCUGAACUACGAUGGUUACGAUGAGUCCUGUGACCUCUGGAGUUUAGGAGUCAUUUUGUACACCAUGCUAUCUGGCCAGGUCCCAUUUCAGUGUCAGGAGAAGAAUCUAACGCACACCAGUGCAGAGGAGAUCAUGAGGAAAAUCAAACAAGGAGACUUCUCUUUUGAAGGUGAAGCCUGGAGGAAUGUGUCCAACCAGGCCAAAGAUCUGAUACAAGAGCUGCUGACGGUGGACCCUAACAAGCGGAUAAAGAUGUGCGGCCUACGCUAUAAUGCCUGGCUGCAGGACGACAGCCAGCUCUCCUCCAACCCUCUUAUGACCCCUGACAUCCUGGGAUCUUCUACCAGAUCAGUGCACUCUUGUUUCAAAGCCACCUUCAAUGCCUUUAAUAAGUGUAAGCGGGAGGGUUUCCGACUUCAGACAGUUGACAAGGCUCCUUUGGCCAAACGCAGGAAGAUGAAGAAGACCAGCACCAGCACAGAGACCCGCAGCAGCUCAAGCGAGAGCACACACUCCUCUUCCUCCCAGUCUCAGGAUAAGACGCCACCGGGCGGAGAGACGGCCAUCAUUCCCCAGGCAUCCGUGAGCACGCCUCUCACUCUGGGCCCUGACGUGGAGCCUUCUCAGGGCGAACUCCAGCUUACAGAGUGAUAGGACAUAACUUUCCCACUGUCUCAUUCUUUCUCCUCACACUCUGGCAAGGCUGUACAACUCCAGAAUUUGCAUGUGGGGACCAACUCAAAUCCAUCAUUAGCAAUAGAUGCACACCAUGAGCGCUGAAGACCGAGCUGGUGUGAACUUCUGGCUCAAGUUCUGCAUGGCUGAAUAUCACUGCGUCCAGUCCAGUGUCUCAAACACAAGAGAGAAGUUCACUUUGAGGAGCAUCAAGACCUUCCACUGAUGGAGAAAGAAGAAAAGCCGGCUUGUGCAGCGUCCUGACAGACCAGGCGCUUUGCUUUAGGCAAAAAAAGAUAAGGAAUAUGUAUUUUAAAUAUAAGAAGAAUAUUUAGAAUAUUAUAUAGAAUUUAUUUAAAUGGAGAAUUAUUGUUUAUACAACUUGGUAUAUAAUAGAGAUUUGGUAUAUUUGACAAACUGGUAAAUGCCAAAUAUAACAGCUCCAUUUGUGCUGGGAGCUUUAUGGUGUUGAUUCAUAUAUUUAACUUUAAUCUUUGACUUCUUCCAGAAGAUUUUACUGAAGUAGCAACAACUAGGUGUAAUAGUUUCCGUGUUGUGUGUAAAACUCUUGUUCAUGGGCAAGGUAAAAGUGACCGUUUGUUUCACAUUUAUGUGUUAUUUGAAUUUACUGUUGAGAUACCUUCCUCAGGUUAUUUAUUUGUUCUUGUAAACUUGAGCUAAUUUCUAAAGAGUUGAAGACAAAGCCACUGGCUGAAGGUGUGGUCACAUUUACCCUUGCUCUGUGAAAUUUUGAAGCUGAAAUCCAAUUUUGUAUUUGGUUCAAGCAUUGGCCAACAAGAAACUGCUUGGUUUGAAAGUGACUUCUGUAUGAGCAUUUCUUCGUGCAUCGAUACACUAUUGACAGUGGACAAUGGAACAGAAAAUUUUUUGCUGAAAUUUUGCUAAAUGUGACCACGCCUUAAAAGAGAAAUGCUAGAGGUGUUGACUUGUACGUUGGAUUUCGUUACUCUAGUUUUGAGUAUAAUAUUAGGCUGAGCAUGAAUCUGCCGAUAGAUGUUUAAAGUCGACAUGAAUUCAGAAUAGACCCAUUUUAAAUUAUUAAUGCUCCUGGUUCUAUUGUGGACUAUUCUUUGGUGCAUGUUAUUACAAAGAAAAAAAAAGUUUUAAUAGUUUAAUAAAAAUGUAUUUAUUUAAACUUCUGCAAAGACAUUCCUAUUCCAGUAGCAUCACUUAGGUUACCCAGGCUAUUGGAUAACUCGAACCAGUAAAUGGCUAUUUAGCUGUAGAUUUAGCAAACUAUCAGGUUUCUAUCAUGGCCUACUUUCAUGAUCCAAUCAAUUCCUGAUGGAUAAUCUAAUUUCUUAAAAAGUGCUACAUAGAGGAAGUACAAUGGGUUGCAAUUCACGUAGACUUUAAACUAUGCGUCUGCAAAAUUUAUCUUAUCUUAUAUAUGAUAACCAUGACUGCAGGCCACAUUUUAGCCUGAAAUGAAGUGAUAUGCCAGAAGACAUCUGUGGCUUCCUGUUUGAUGGUGGCACGUUGUGUUUUUUGGCCGUGUGUUAGUUGACUGAUGCUUCAAAACAGGCUGCGGUAGAGCCUGUGGUGUUUAAAACGAUGCGCUUGCGUUUUUUCAUCUUUGCAUCGCCUGUUUCACAAACACAAGAGUUUUUGUGACACUGAGCUGAAAUCUUAUAGUACUCAAGUCUGGACAAGAUCAGAUGUCAUCAGGAGCAUUUGAACAGCCUGGACUCGGACUCGAAUGAGCUGGUCUUGACUAGUGAUAGAAAAUAUGGUCUUGGAUUUGAGUCUAUACUCUUAAAAAUAAGUUCCAAAAGGGAGUUUUCGCAGCAAUGCCAUAGAAGAACCAUUUCGGGUUCCCUAAAGAACCUUUCAUAGCUCUUUUCCACCAGAAUAGUUUGCGUUCUCUGAGCCAGAGCCUUUUCUCGGCCAGGCGAACUGGAAACUGGCCACGUGUUUCCACAGACCUGAGGAACAAACAGUGAUGUAAUGCUGCUAUUUGUUGUUUACCUGACUAUAAACAGUCUAAAAUCAAACAGUGUGCAUCCGGAUGUUUGUACAGGCAGUGCGGGACUUCUGUUUUGCUGUUCACAGUACCGGUAGUGCUUUUAGUGUAUCGGCAGCUUGCAUAAAUUCCUGGUACUAUCAUCUGUCCUUUUUGGAGAUGUAUUGAAAUGAUUCACUCGCUCUGCCGCACGCGGGUCUCUUUUGCGUGCAGUUUUAUUUAUUUAGAUAUAAAGACCAAUGUAGUGCAACAUUAUUGCAUUGCUCAACAAGAUUGCCAUAGAGUGACAGCUAUUCUUUGCUACGGUUCUCCGGCUCUGUUGGAGAGCAGCAAGUUUUUAGGGCCGGAGUUGAACCGAUCUUGAAUGGAAUGGUUCAAGAAUGGACAAUGGCCGGGAACCCACACCGGAACCAUGCCGGUGGAAAAGUAUGAAGAACCUUUUUCCUCUAUUUGUACAAUGUAAAGUUUCUAAAGAUGUUAAAAGUUCUUCAUGGAAGCAUGGAUACACAAAGAACCUUUACUCUUAAAGCUCUCAAUUGAGAGGCUUCAUCCUUUUAAGGACACCGACUUCAAAGACCACUUCUUCGAAGGCAGCAAGAGCGUUGUUAAAUGAGACGGCCUAGCCUACGGAGGAUUGUUCUUGUCGCUUAACAACUGUGACAGCUCCCGUUGAAGAGUGACAGUAACUUUUGUUCUGGAUUUUUUUUUUUUUAAUUAUAUUUAAUACAGUUAUAGUACAAAGCAAGGUUCACAACCCGUCUAAAUAUGUUCACCUUGGUCCAUUUCUGAACAUAAUAAAAAGUAAAAACUAUAUAAAAUCGCAUCUUAGAUGUACCAUUUGAACUUAUUUGUAUACAUUUUUUGGUAUUUUAAAAUUUGUAUUAGAGUAAGUUGAAAACCCAAUAAUUGCAUUUAACAGUGUAAUUCGGCAAUUUCUCUACAAAAAAUCCUGUUAUCAGCGCGUAAUGAAUUCAGAUGUAGGCUAGGCAGCAAAGAUCCGACUGAGACGGCCUAGCCUACGGAUGAUUGUUUUUGUCGCUUAACAACUGUGACGGCUCCCAUUGAAGAGCGGCAGUAACGUUUGUUCUGGACUUUUUUGAAAGUUAUAUUUAAUACAGUUAUAGUCUGAAUACAAAGCAAGGUUCAUAACCCGUCUAAAUAUGUUCACCUUGGUCCAUUUCUGAACAUAAUAAUUAUAUAACCAUUUGAACUUUUAUAUACAUUUUUUGGCAUUUUAACAUUUGUAUUCGAGUAAGUUGAAACCCAUUUUCAUACUUGCAUUUAACAGUGUAAUUCGGCAAUUUCUCUCCAAAAAAUCCUGUUGUUACCAGCGCGCAAUGAAUUCAGAUGUAGGCUAGGCAGCAAAGGAUUCAUGUGUUCAAUCCUUCAUUGCUCGUGAAACGAAGGACUCAUACGAAAGACAGAGUCUUGGAACUUUGACGCAAUCGAUCUUCGAAUGCGGCGUGUACAACACUGCUGAGCUGUGUUUGUGUAGUUUGUAUUUUUCUAUUCGGUGGCGGCGGUCUAUAGUUGAAAAGGAAUGAUUUUAUCUUUGGCCCAAAAGGACCCCCUGAAUUAUUCAGAGCAUUAAUCUAUAAUUCAUUCAUAUCUUGCUAGCACUACGAAACUAUUUGAAAGGCACUUGAACUAUACAUUGCUAUGCAAAGUUAUUUUCUUCCUUUCUAAUUUUUGUCUCUGUUCAUAUCCUGAAAGACCUUUAUGCAUUAAAUAAUAAUGAAUAUAAACGGUGCCUCAUCAUCAGGGCGAACACACCUGCCAUUUUUAGGGACAGUCGGAAGGCUCUGGUCUCUAAGUAAAUCAUGCAUUCCACUUGUGCACUAACCGAGACAAGACAUCAUAUUGAGCGUUUCAAUGGCGAGGGCUGGAUCAGGACCCAGCGGCGGGUGCACGCACACACUCAAACACACACAAACUGGUGCUCCUGCCCACUCGAACCAGGGCAAAGGACAAGAGCAAUAAGAACAGCAGGAGCUCGGCUCACUUUCAUGUGGCUGAAAGCUGCCACAUUUGGCCUCUUCCCCAUCACUGUUCUCCCUGAAGCUCCCUCAUUACUGCCUCCUCUUUUUGUCGGGGUGUAUUAAUAGAACAAGAAUGAUGGGAGGCCGAGAGAGUCCUACAUUGAACUCUCCUCUGGGAGUGAAGCUUUAUUAGAUGAUUUGCUGUGCUGCUGUUUGUCCCACCGGCUCUCUGCGUCCAAUUGCUCAAACAUGGAGCUUGCUUUACGGUCUGACACGGUUUUAGGGGGGUUUUUGUUUUAGUUUGUUUUAGCUGUUAUGAGAUUAAAGGCCAGACAUGUGGUGUUUCGUUUAGCAUUUCUAAAAGCGUAGCGAGCUUCGGCCCUUAAACUGAACUCACUCCUUUGAUCUGUGCACUUUGUUUUUGUUGCUCUAUUUUUUAGUGCUCUUAUUUUUAGUGCUCUUGGGUUCUUGUAAAUUGUGUUGUCUGGUUGUGAAAUGUAACAGAGGGGCCCUGUGUGCUUGUAUCUGUGAUAGCGGCGGUUGUGGGCGGCUCAUCUACUCGUGGAGGUGGGGUGAUUUGACUUUUUAAACUCCACCUUGUUUAAGGGUUUGUGGAUUUGAAGACUUGAUGCUGGAAUGGAAAUUGAUUUUUUUUUUUUUUAUUGCAUGGAAACUUGUUCCCACUCUGUUUCAUGAUAUCUGUAGUAGUAUUACCUUGUUUUAGAGGUCGCUAUGCUUUUGCUGUAAACAUUCUUGAAAUGUUAUGUAACCCACCCAAAUACAACUUUUUACAUUCUUUCUGACACACUAUCAGUAUCAGUUUUUUAAAUAAGAAAUUAAUAGUUUUAUUCAGCAAGGAUGCAUUAAAUUAGUCAAAAAUGAAAGCAUUUAUAAGACUACAUUUUGUUUAUCAAAGAAUCCUGAAAUGAUGGUUUCUACAAAAAAAGUAACCAACCAGCACAAGUCUUUUCAACAUUGAUUAUGAUAAGACAUUAUUAUUAAUGUUCCAAAUCAUUAGAAUGAUUUCUUACUUAAGACUGAAGUAAUCAUUCUGAAAAUCCAGCUUUACAAUCACAGAAAUACAUUUUAUUUUAAAAUAUUUUAGAGGGUCUUGAAGUAGAAUUCAGAAAUUAUUGUUGUUAGCGACACCGGUGGUUGUUAAGUGAAUUGCAGCCAGCAACUUGCUCGCACUCAUCUCAUUCGCACGUGCCGUUAACGUACAAGAGGCUGCACGUGAUUCAAGGCUUACCUCACCCUCGAUAUCUGCUCACGAACUUUAUCGUUCUUCACUUAGUUAGAAGUAAAAAGAAGUUGGAAAUACCUUUGCAGCGAUACAGUUAAUAAUAUCCAGACGCAUUUUUUAUUAUUAUUAUUUUUAAAGUUUGCUACAAGCUGUUCACACAUUGGCAAUAAAAAAAGCAAUUAACACGUAAAAAACUAGUCCUGCAGUCCGUAACUUUUGACGCUCUAGCGGUUAUAAACAGUUCUGCAUGCGUCUUGCGGAAGAAUUUUAGCCGGAUCUACUUCUGUCUAUUUAUGUCAAUACCUAGACUGUAAUGGGCUACUCCGCAGUGGUACGACCCGAACCAUUCUAAAAUAGUCUGAAUAUAAACAUUUAUUAUAGGUGUACCGUAGUGAUUCAGGAUAAGACAAAAACACGGUUUGGAAAAUGGACUCAUGAUGUACUUUAAUCAUUCAAUCAUUUAAUUAAAAAAAUAAAAUAAAAAAAUACUGACCUCAGACGUUUGAACUGUAGUGUAUGCAGUAUUAUUGUCCACUCUAUAAUAUAUUAUGUAAUAUAUUCUAUAUAUAUAUAUAUAUAUAGAAUAUAUAAUAUAUUCUAAAACAUUGAAGUUACAUUAAGUCUGAGGUAUUUAUUCAGUAUUGGAAAUCAUUCAACAGUUUAACAUUGAAAAUGGAUUAUGUGAAAAUGAAAUGAACACAGACUGUACUGUACACUGUUUCAAUGUAUUGUUUCCAGCUCUGGCCACUUUCCUGUAGCCUGUAUUUAUUCUAAAAGCAUCUGUGUAUGUCAGUGUCUUGUCUCUUCUCCUGAAUCUAUAGACAAGGGGGUUUAUAAUUGAAUAAUUGACAUAUCUAUUUUAUUUUUACCAAAGACAUGAUUUGUAGCAUUGACAUUUUUUGAGCAUACCCUGAGCUUUAAUGUUUUUUGUAGUAAAGUCUUUAAAAAUCUGUUGGUUUGGUUAGGUUCUUGUCCACGCGCUUCCUUCCUCCAGCAUUUCCAGCUGUGAGACACAUUUAUAAAUUAUCUUUGUUAUAAAAGUCAUAUUAGGAAGCAAGCAUAGAUAACUAGCACAAUCCCAGACUUUACUUUUUUUUUCUCUUCCGUCUGACGUAGAAAUGGACCAGGUAGCCUUUCAUUGCACUUUCCACAAAGCCACCAAAAGCAUAUUGCAACCAAAAAGCAUGAUACAAAUUGUACAUCUUACGUUUCUGCUGUUUACGGGCUUAUAUGUUUGAGUUUAAUAGUGUAACUGCCAAUAUACAGUAGACUAAGCCUACAUUUUGUGUCGCAGCAAAUUUAGAUAUUGUGAUCGUGAUGAUCUAAAAUUUAAUGUUUUACAAAGAUGCUCAUUUGUAAAAUAUGUAUUUUUGCCGUUUAUUGUCCAGUUGUUGCAGCACAAGCUGCAUUAAAUCUCGAAGGCAACUUUGAGUAAAUCGAUGCAAAGAUGAUUUUCACAGGUGUUUUCUUAUUAGUGUACAACCAAACGCUGCCAGCAGACGGCGCUGUUUACACAGAUUUAGAUAGCCUGUUUGCAUAGAUGGCCGUUUCUGAGUGUAGAAGAGCUUUCCUGUCUUUAAACUCUGUAUUUGUCUUCACUGUGCAAGUUGUUUAAUGUUAAGGCAUUACAUGAAGACAGAUUUGAACAUGAGACCUGAAUGGAUUAUCACAAAUGCAUUUUUUAGCUAACUAGCUGGGCUAGAGUUUUAGCCUCAUUAAUUUAUUUAGAUUGAAUUAUUAUUAAACUAUAAUGCUUAAACGCACCAAAAUAGUCCUAUUUAUAGUGAGUUGUAAUGCUAUGUAUGUGUUUUGUAAGUGAUAAGCCAUAUCACCACACAGUAUGACACUGAACCCUAUUGAUGUGUCCAGUGCUUUGUUUUUAAGAUGAUACACUUUUGAAAUAAGAGGACACAAUAUACAUUAAAAGUUCAUAUUUUCAACGAUUGUGUGUAAUAUUAGUCCAUUAUGUUGAUACAAAUGCGAGUGUCUUGCAUGAGUGUUUUAGUCUCAGAUGAGUUGAAUCAACUCAUGUUUCUGACUAAUGUCAGAAAGUGUGCUCCUUUUUACUAAAUGGUCUUGUUAACUUUUUUCCCAUUUGUUUUGUGAUUCAAAAUAUGUUUGAGUUGGUUGUUAAAAAAAGGGCUUAAAGUUUUACUGAACAAAGAGUAAUAUAAUUUAAAUUGCCACAAAAUGGAAUAAAACCUCUAAAUUCA